AGAACACUAGAACAGUGCUUGUGCUUGUGCUUGUGCUUGUGUAAGAAAAGCUGAAAGCACCGUCCUUCACUCAACCAAGACCGUUUACUGUUCACCCACUCUAAAAUUAAGCAAAGAGGGGUAUCAUAUUCUCUUCUACUUUUCCACUUAUUAAUCUCCAUCCUUCCCUUCUUCUCAGCCCCACAGCUCUCAGUGCUUCAACUCUCUUGAAGCUAGAGAUUGUGUUUGUAUGGGGAAAGGGAUGAAGAAUGGAGUUGGUGGGCAGCAGCAGAAUGAGGUGAUGAAAGAGAGAGCAAAGAAUAGGGUGGAUGAUCUUCAGGGGAUUUUUUGUGAUCUGCAAUCAGCUAGGAAAGAGAGCCGGACUAAUGAUGUGGCUUUGUUGGAAGAACAAGUUAAUCAGAUGCUUAGGGAGUGGCAAUCUGAGCUUAAUCAGCCUUCUCCUGCUUCUUCUUUCCAGGGUGGUGUGAGUUUAGGGUCUUUUUCUACGGAAAUUGGUAGGCUCUUGCAGCUUUGUGAGGAGGAAGAUGAUGCCACUAGUGGAUUACCAGCACCAAAGCCGGAACCAGAUAUGCAAAAAGUUUAUAGCAAUGUUGUACUCCAGCAGGAUUGUCGUGCCACUCAAGUGCCGCAACAGCAUGGCUAUGGAUUAGUAGAUCAAUGCAAAGACUCCCCAUCAGGAGCUACAAAAAUGCGAGUUAAUAACAUGGAUGUUCCAAUUCAGUUUGACUACAAUUUGUUUGAUUUGCACAAAGGGUUGGAGCAGACUUUCUAUACUGGAUUUGAUAAUGUGGGUUUCCACGGACAGGAUGCAUUACCUCAGAUAGCCAGCUUUCUUCCAAGUAUCUGCCCUCCACCUUCUGCUUUCCUAGGACCAAAAUGUGCACUUUGGGAUUGUACUAGGCCUGAACAAGGAUGGAAUCAAGACUACUGUAGCAGCUUUCAUGGCGCUCUUGCACCGAUUGAAGGCCGUCCUGGCAUGACUCCGGUCCUACGUCCUGGGGGCAUUGGUUUGAAGGAUAACUUACUUUUUUCAGCUCUUAAAGCUAAGACAGAGGGAAAAGAUGUUGGUGUUCCUAAUUGUGAGGGGGCUGCAACUACAAAAGCCCCGUGGAACGCACCUGAGCUCUUCGAUCUUUCAGUUCUUGAAGGAGAAACCAUUAGAGAGUGGCUGUUCUUUGAUAAACCUCGAAGAGCAUUUGAGAGCGGAAAUAGGAAGCAAAGGUCUCUUCCAGAUUACGAGGGACGGGGUUGGCACGAGUCAAGGAAGCAAGUGAUGAAUGAGUUUGGAGGGUUGAAGAGAUCAUACUAUAUGGAUCCUCAACCAAUGAAAAAUCUCGAAUGGCAUUUGUAUGAAUACGAGAUUAGCAAGUGCGAUGCUUUUGCCCUGUAUAGGUUGGAACUUAAGCUUGUAGAUGGUAAGAAAAGUCCAAAAGGAAAGGUUGGCAAAGAUUCUGUUGCGCAUCUGCAAAAGCAAAUGAGAAAGCUUUCAGCUGUUCCACCUAGUAAGCCCUCUAUUGACGGAAAAUUCAAACCUAAUCUGAAAGAUGGUUCUUCGUAUGUUUAUUCGGCUUCAAACCAGAGCGAUGUGUUUGAUUAUGGAGCUGGCGAGCCUUACGACUAUCUUAUUGAGGACCUAUCUGGUUACUACCCGACUUAGCUCAAUUCCGACGUCCAUUGAUACAAUCCACAAUGUCAUGUCCUUGGUCCCUUAUUCUUGGAUGAAUUUAAACUGUAGUAUAAAGAUAAGAUACAUUGUUGAUAGGUCACUGUCAAACAAUGCACAAUGAGUCGGUGACAUGCUUCAAAUGUUUGUAGUUCGAUCAUCGUGUCAAGUCACUUCUAUAUAUUUUGAAACAUCUUUGCAUACAA